AUUAAACCGAAAGGCAUGUGAUUUUCCUUUGUUGGUUAACUAAAUCACGUAUAUCUAUCGUUGAAUAUAAGAGCAUGUGGAGGGAUUUGCAUCGAACUCUGAAACCUGAGUAAAUCUUCUCUUCCCAUCAUCACAUGCUUACUUAUCUCUUCUGGUUAGCUCUCUGAGAUUCUCUCUUCCAGAUUGUUCUUUUUAUAUUUUACUUAGAGCUUCAAAAUUAAUCCGGAUCUAUCUGCUUCAGGUUGUUCCAAAACAUCCUUAUUUUGACAUAUAUAUAUGUCAAUGUUGUGUAGGAUGAUUUUGUGAGCAAAAGAUCAUAGCAGAGAGAGAGAGAGAGAGAAAGAGAGCAUGGGGUGUGCUCAAUCUACUAUUGCUGUUGUGGGAAGGAAGAACAAGAAGAGGAUCAUUCAAGAAUCUGUAGUGUUUGUUCUACAGUUCCGUGUUCCUGUUCAGUCUGAUCUUCAGCGCCAACUCAAAGGUGUUUCUCCCAAGACAACCAUCAAUCGGUUGACAUGUUUAAGAAAUCAGAUUGAGUUGGUAGCUGAGGACACAGGGGGUUCAGCCAUCUCUGAGUUGCGUACAGCUUUGGAGGAGUACUUGUCACUUCUAUCCGGUCUUAUCAAGAAAAGUAAAGAUGGAAUGGAGGGCUGCGUAGAGCUCAAAUGGAGGACCCUUGGCGAUGGUCGACGAGCAGAGAUAUGUUGCACAAACCUUUGGAUGGAGAUGUUGAUAGUGAUCCACAUGAUGGCUGCUUUGGCAUUGACUGAAGCUAACUCUCUCAUGAUUCCAAAGGAUUGCUAUGCUUCUGGUUCUGGCAAUGGCGUCCGUGUGGUCUCCACUGAUUGCAGGAGAGAUGCGGUUGACUUGCUGCUCAAGGCAUCUGGAUACUUGGAGUUCUGCGUCCGAGAGAUUCUGACUCAACUUCCUCAUGAUAUAAAGAGUAAGUUGCCAGAUGAUAUGCAGGAAAGUGUAUUACAAACUCUCUCUAUACAAGCACUAGGCCAGGGAACUGAGAUUCAACUUGGAUUAGCAGUUGAUAGUCAGAAAGCAACAUUGUCUGUGAAGAGGAGAAUUGCAUGUGAGCAAGUCAUCUACUUCACUCAGGCAUAUCACUGCUUGUCUAGUUGUGAAGCAGUUAGCCAUGGAUGCGCCAAGAAACUUCUCCGGUUUAUCUACUGGAAGUUUCUGGAAGCAAAGGUAUUGUAUGUGUAUGUAAGCUAUUGUUGAGAGUGAUCCGAUAUAUAUUCAUCUCUAUUGUUCUUUCAUAAAAUAUAUCUCUCUAUUAUGUUCUGCUUUUUUCUUAACAGGCUGCAGCAUACUACUACCAUGGACUGGUAACAGACAAGGGAAGUGAGCCGGCUUGUCACUUGAGCGCUGUGUGUUGUUUCCUUGCAGCUGCAGAGAUCCUAGGAGAAAGCAAAAAAGCCUGUCUUAGCUUCUGCUUAGCUCCUCCUGUCACAAGGGCUCCUCCUAUGUGGGGUGUUAUGAAGCAUUUGAGCCAGAAGAUUCCAGAAGUUGCUUUUAGAAAGUCGCAGACAUAUGGAUACUUGCUUGAAGAAGAAGAAAAGGCAAUGCAGUGUUUGCCAGAGCUUCCAGACUUUCAGUUGUCAUUGAGACCCGACGACUUUGAACUGCCUGAAAUAGAGGAUGUCUCUUCCUCAUGAAACCAAACCCAUUUGCUUAGAGAACAUCUUGAGUUCUUGACUACUAGCUACUCAUGUUGAUGAUGAUGACCUUGAUCGUUGAGAAAGAAGCACUCUCUCUACACAUAUUCUUUGGGUAUUUUACCACUUAUAAUUGUAAUGUAAUAUUUUGUAUUCUUGUCAGACAAAAUCUGAUACUUGAGUAUAGAGUAAUGUAAUAUCUGGGUGAUUACUUAUCUUCCUUGAUAAAGAAUUUGGAAGGACUAGAAGAGAAAGAAAAAAAACAGCUGCUAAUUAAUAAAGGAAGCGUUUAGCUAUGUUGGAGAAGAA